AUGCUUUCUGGAACUUUUUGGAUUUUUACCUUUAAAGGCUCAGCUGAUGGGUCGCAGUUAGCGGCUCAGGAGACAUUGAGGACAGUAAAGGAACGAUGGUCAGAUUGGAGUCAAUUCUGUAAGUCUACUGGGGAUAUUUGCUUGAUUUUGUUUAAAGCUUCCAUAAGUGAAAAAGAAGAAUAUGAUGGCGAAAAUGAUUAUGGCGGAGCACUUUUUGUUUUAAAAAAACUUUUAGACGAAUGGGAAAAUCCACCUAAACCAGCUUUAACUCCUGAACAAGAAGAAAAAUUAAAAAAUUAUGAUGAGUUGAAAAAAGAAAAUGAAAAACUGCGAAACAGAGAACUAACCGACAAUGAAAAAAAAAUAAUGUCUGAAUUUCGCCGAACAUUCCCUAAUACAGGAACCAUAAAUGCUCGUUUAAGAACAGUAAGAAGAAUGUUAAACAAUCUAGAAAGAAAUGAUUUAAGUGUUGAAGCUAAUCCUAACCUUUCAGCUGAAAAGAUUAGCUUUUCCCAACGGUUAGCUGAAAGCUUUGAGCAAUUUACUUUAGUUUGUGAGCUUUAUCUUGGCACGGAACGCGAUUUUUCUAAAAAACUCAAAGAAUUAAGAGACGAAAUUCACAGAUUAGAAGACAAAAUUGAUGAGUUAGAAGGAGAAAGACAAUAA